AUGCCUUCUUCAUUCUCAAUCGCCCGUUCGAUUGGUCGGAAAUGGUUUGCCGGAUUAUCUAAUUAUCCGAUUUUACGGAUAAUCGAAUCUUCUUUUUCCGUCGACUGUUGCAGGAAUAGGUCUAACCCCCUUUAUAUGAAAGGCAUGAGCACGUUGGCCGAGCCGAUGAUGUUCUCGCCUUCAACGACACAAAACCACCCAUCAUCUCCUUGGCUUAUGCUGCCGCCCUCCUUUGACGUGACCUUCACCGGCGCCGCCAGCAUCAGCUACAACUUCUACAGCCUCGCCGACAAUAAAAUCGUAACCCAUAGUCUCGAAGAGAGAGAAUUAGCGGACCCGCUCAUGGUGUUCGCGGGAUCUUCACUCGGCUGGCUAUCUUUGAUGAGCCCCAGCCGCGAUCUGUUCCUCUAUAAUCCCAUCUCCGGUCGCCGAAUAAACCUGCCUUCAGUUCGUGAUCUCCCCGAUUAUCCUGAUAACUUGGCUGAAGUCAACAAGGUCGUACUCUCGUGCUCCCCGGAAGACCCAAAUUGUCGAGCCAUCAUUAUCUACAACAACGUAUGUGGGCUGGCUUUUUGCUGCCCCGGGUUUAGCAAGGAGUGGACACAUAUCGGGGAUCACCACUGGUUUGAUGAAAAUUUGGGACGGUCCUUCCGGCCGGGCUAUAGGGACUGUGUCUAUUCCACAAGACAUGAAGCAUUGUUUAGCCUCACGAAACAGGGCUUAUUGGAAUCUUGGGAUCUUCGGGACCCUCACCCGAGGGCUGUGAAGAUAGCCGAGGUUGGUGAGAGGGGUGGCAAAAUUUGGUAUGAAAAGCAGAAGCACUUGUUGUUAACGUGUCAGCCAGUGGAGCAUCUGGUAGUGGCCGGGCAGGAUCAAGAUCUCCUCGUGGUGACGUAG